CAAUAUGGUAGUGAAAUAUAUGUACAUGACAACCGUACGAAACAGCUAGGAAAUAAAUAACGGAUUUUGUUUUAAUAUUAACUUUUGGUGCAAAGGAUGUCGACUCUGGGCCGCGGGCGGGGCUACACGGGGCGGCACCACCUGCGCGAGCCGCGGCCCGGCGGCGACCCGGACGAACGCGACGCGCGUACCCUAGCUGAGCUCAGUCCGAGGACCACAGAUCCAUCAAAAAUAGAUGUAAACAAAGUAGAAAUGGUGAAGGAAAGCGAGUUAGAUAUCAAAGAGGAUAUGGAUUUAAAGCCGGUCAAGUUGAGCCGAGCUAUUGAAGAUGAGGAUCCAGGUGUUAAAGAGUUGUUGCAUAUUGAUGAACAGUUUCUGCCACUACUGGCUUUGUUAGAACAAUUUUCGCCCGGUGAAGAUGGAAUCCAGUUUAAUAGGAAGCUGCGUAACUUUGAAACAACAGUAACUAAUAUGUGCACAGAUGAAACAAGAUUACAUAUGGCGUUCGCUUCGUUCCGCGCGGCGGCGUUGCAGAGUGCGGUGACGUCACGCAAGCUGGCAGCUGUCGGGGCGUCCUUCACCCGCCAGCAGCGCCAGCAGCUGCUGCGUGGAGCCCUACUCAACAUUGUCAUGCAGGGGACAUUCACCAAACUGGAUGUUCUGGAACGAUCAAAUCCGUUGUAUUUGAUAAAUGCUGCCAACCUUAUGGGAGAUUAUUUUGCCGAGGCACGUCUAUGUAAUGGCAAUAAAGUGCACAUCUUGGCGAGUCCUCUUCUACAAUACAUGCGAGCUCUAUUGGCCUCUGAUGACGUGCGCGCACAUCGUAGUCUGGCAACACAGCUCAUGCAAAACGGUCGGGAACUUCUGUCCGUUAUGUCACAUGAAUUAGACGAACUGUCUAUAUCAAUAAAGCUGCGUUUGCUCACUCCACCGCCCGUCAACAUCAUCUGGCUCCUUCUAUCAGCUGAUCUGUGUCUCAACAAGUUCCUACCACUACCAAACACGCUGCAACAGUUCUACGCAGCACAUCUAGACCUCAGCAAUGAGGAGAGCUUCAGCGAAGUCAGCUACGGGUCCUGGAAGAAGAGCCCUGAGAAAGACGAGUACAGAUCCGACGGCAGCUCCGAUGCUAGCACUGAUAAAGUGGGGCAGAAUCUCUCCCAAGUCAGCCUCAACCAUGAUGAUGAUCCAAAGCCUAAAUUAAGACCAAUCCUAGGCGCAGGAGCCGGACUGCUAAGACAAGAACAAGCGUUGUCCCAAGAAACAUUCGAUUCAAGAAUUACUAAAACAAGCCUCUCCAAAAGAUAUGAUUUAAAUUCCUGGAGACAGGCCGAAGAAGAGAAACAAGAGGAAAUAAUUGACCCAAUGUUUAACCCUAAUGUGCUGCCACCCGGUCUGCAGCAAACUUACCCAGUCACAGUACCUGAUUACCCACCUCCGAAUAGAUUUAAUUACCAAGAUAAUUAUCCCAACUACCUUCAACAAGGUGAUGGCGCUUAUAUACAAAACCAAUACUCUAACAAUCAAAACUUUACACCCCAAGGGGACUUUGUACCACAGUACACAGCGGAACCACCCAAACCCAACCCCGAACGAGUCAACAAUGAGAUACAGAAGACAAGCAAUACUAGGAACAGCAAACCUGUGGAAAACUGGCGCAAAGAAAAGACCGAUAUUAAAGAAGAUUCUAAUAAGAAUAGACAGCGUAAUUGGUCUAGACAACGGUCCAAGGAUAAUGUGAAUGAUGAUGAAGAAAAGGGGGAGAAGUUUCGAUCCGUGUCCAGAAGCUCGCGUGAGUCACGGCAAAGUACCACCGGUUCCAGAAUGAAUAGACGGAACAGUGGAGACAGCCAGGAGCAAGGCAACUCCGGGAAGACUCCGCCCCGGAGAAAUGUGACCGAAGUCCCCAGGAACCAGAAGUACUGGGAUCACGAUGAUAGAUGCGACAAGGAUUAUAAUAGUUAGUGACAUAAAAAUUUUAGUGACAUGUGUAACAGUGAGUCAGUGAUGCCAACUUAAAAACAAAGUGCCAGCAAAUGCUACAUGUUAAAUCCGUGCAGGGUGAAUGUAGUUCGAACAACCGCGUGUCUCUUUUCGUAAUACAAACAUUUUCGAUAUUUAAAUAUGGUAACUCUGAAGGAAUAUUUUUAAUCUGUCGUGUUUCGGUCUGAUUUAAUAUUACGGCCGCACAAAUUAUUUAGAAAAUUAUGUAUAUUCGCCUUUGAACGUGCUAAAGUAAGAAUCAGGUGCUUACAGACUGUGUUUGUAUAAACACUAGGCUAAAAUUUUAGAUCAUAAUAUCCCAACUUUAUAAUAUUAUUUAAAUGUGAAAGUUUUGAUGUGAAAUUGUGUUGCAGUGUCCAUUUAUAUGUCACAAAUAAGGUUAGAUAUUUAGUUUCAAUACAUUUUCUUAGGAUUAUAAUGAAUUGUGGUUUAUUCAUUGUGAAUAUAAAUUUAAGGUAAAUGUGUAAACCGUUUAAUAUUUGGUGUAGUUAAUAUGUUAGAUUUAAUUUACUUAAAAUGAUUGAGGUUAAGUGAAUUCGCUUUGACGUCAAAAAUGGCGGCACGAGAAUAGAAUUCCAAUGCAUAAUGAACAAAUUUUCAAGAUAGACAAACAGAUUCAUUUUAUCGUAACCUACGGACAUAUUUGAAUUAUUAUGAUAUCUAUAUUUCCAAAUUUUUUGUGAGAAAUGCUUAAAUUUUGUAAUGAAGUACAAUAGUCUGGUACUCAGUUGCAUUUCCAAAGAUUUUCGCAUAUUAUGACUUAAUAGCCUUCAUGAUAUUUUUUUAUGGCCUGGAGCUAAUAGAAAUAAAGGAAUAAAAGGUGUGUACAAUGUUGCCAACUUUUCAAACAUCGGUCAUUUAAAACAGCAUGCUUUUUUUUGUAAAUGGGCGAAGUUUUAUGUGUAUUUGGCUUAUGGUUGAACACAAUUAUUUGUUCUUAAGAUAAGUCAAAAAUUAAUUACUUAGCAAAAGAGUGGAUGGAUUUAAUACCUAAAAAUAAGCAAAAAUUCGAAAUUGUUUAUUGGCUUCAGCCAUGACAAUUACCCAAUUUAUUAUUAUUUGAAAAGGAUUGUAAUUAAGUCAUAAAUCCCAAUGGGUUUUUAGUGAUUUUUUGUUGGACUCAGUCAUAGAAUCCUGUGUCGUUUUUUUGGUCAUCAACAAGAAUGUACUUUUUUAUAAAUGGCUUGGGAAAAUUCAUUGUGACAUUUAAAAAAAGGAAUUAAUAUUAAAUUUU